UCUUCUCCUCUCUUCUCGCUCUCUCUCUCUCUCUCUCUCUCUCUCUCUCUCUCUCUCUCUCUCUCUCUCUCUCUUCGGAAACUCCUCCGUUUAUUUUCCCUCUGUUUCCUCGUAGAUCCCUCUGUUUUCCGUUUGUUCUCGACGAUCUCUGGAAUCGAAAAAAUGGGUGAGAACGCCAUCUCAGGUAAUCUCAAGAAUCUAACCAUCGACACAGGAGCUUCAGAAAAUCUCGUGGUCUGUUUCGGUGAGAUGUUGAUCGAUUUUGUUCCAACGGUGGGAGGUGUUUCACUCGCUGAAGCACCAGCUUUCAAGAAAGCUCCAGGUGGCGCACCUGCAAACGUAGCAGUUGGUGUCUCUAGACUCGGUGGCUCUUCUGCUUUCAUUGGAAAGGUUGGUGAUGAUGAGUUUGGACGUAUGUUAGCUGAUAUUCUAAGAUUGAACAAUGUUGAUAACUCCGGUAUGAGAUUCGACCACAAGGCAAGGACUGCUCUCGCCUUUGUUACAUUAAGAGCUGAUGGUGAGAGGGAGUUUCUGUUCUUCAGACACCCGAGUGCUGAUAUGCUUCUCUUGGAAUCUGAGCUUGACAUAAACCUCAUCCAGAAGGCCAAGAUCUUUCAUUACGGAUCCAUCAGUUUGAUCGAGGAGCCUUGCCGCUCAACUCAGCUUGCAGCUAUGAAACUCGCUAAAGCCUCAGGGAUUCUACUAUCGUAUGACCCGAACUUGAGAUUGCCUUUGUGGCCAUCAGAAGAAGCUGCAAGAACAGAGAUCAUGAGUAUCUGGGAUUUGGCAGAUGUUAUAAAGAUUAGCGAGGAUGAGAUUACAUUCUUGACUGGUGGAGAUGAUCCUUAUGAUGAUGAAGUUGUGUUGCAAAAGCUCUUUCAUCCCAAUCUUAAGCUUCUUGUUGUCUCAGAAGGACCUAAUGGCUGUAGAUACUACACUCAGGAGUUCAAAGGUAGAGUUGGUGGAGUUAAAGUGAAGCCGGUUGAUACAACAGGUGCAGGAGAUGCAUUUGUGAGCGGUCUAUUGAACAGCUUAGCUUCUGAUCUCACUAUUCUCAAUGAUGAGAAGAAACUAAGAGAGGCGCUUCUAUUCGCAAACGCUUGUGGAGCCAUUACAGUAACAGAGAGAGGAGCAAUUCCGGCGAUGCCUACCAUGAAUGCUGUUCAAGACCUUCUGUCUUCUUCAGCUUCUGCUCGCUCCUAAAGGGCUCAGAAAAAAGUCUCUUUUGAUUGAGAAAUCAAAUUCAUUACCUUUUCACUGUAUCUUUGUGUUGUUGUUUUUUGUUUUUUUUUUGUUAUCUUUUUCCCAAUUUGUAGGAACUCAAGAAUGUUGUGUGUUUUCUAGUUUGUUGAUCUCCCGGAGUUUUAGUAUUGAGGGUGUUUUGGUUUUACUUUAAAAGUUAGGUGUUCUACAAGGAACAAAAAUUUCUGCUUUA